CGCAUAUUUAUCAAAUAAACUGGAUAACGGCGAGCGAACGGCAUUCGCACUUAGCUUAAGCUUAAUUGACCAGGAAUUUGUUUAUAAUGUUGGUUGUGACAUAGAGUUAUUUGUGCAGAAACGGUUAAGCAGUGGUGUGCUGCUCUUCCCACCUGUGGGCAAUUAUCGUCGCUAUCUCAUCCAUCAAACAUGUGAGAAUUACAAACACCAGUACGAUCUGUUCACAUUCUCGGUGGGGCAAGGGCCGCAGAGACGCACUGUGCUUUGUUUUCGCAAUCAGCUAGUUGAUCCGCAUGGCUUUGAGGCACGAAAGCAGCAGCUGAAUCAGCCAAUCAGAAGUUGGCGGAGCAACGGACAUAACGGCAAAACCAGUGCCAGCAGCAGCAUUAGCAUCAGCAGUAGUAGCGCUAACAGGAGAAGCACCGUAACUGAGCCCUGUAAAAUGGGCGUGAAGAAGCAUAUCAGCGAGACACCUUUAAGCAAAUCGAACUCUGUGGACUUGUAUAGACCGCCAGCACUCAGGAAGAACAGCAGCAGCGAAGAGACAGCUGCAUCGAACGAAACGCCAGCAGAGACAGCUGCAGGAACAGCAAUAUCGAAUUCUACUUCCAAAGAAUCACCGAGCAGAGAGCAACAGUCCACCACUCGCCGCGAACGCCGCCCCGACCGGGCCGUAUAUGUGCCAAGGGCAAGACGCAGUCAAACUACACCACCGACAACCAGCAGCUCAGCGACAGCAGCAACAGCAGCAGCAGCAACUACAACGGCAGCGACGCAAAGCGCAUUGCCAGUGGAAGCAGCGCCAGUUGCAGAAGCAAAAGUAAACCCGUCCAAACCAGACGACGGCAACGGUCAGCUGAAGCUCACGAAGAAAACCAAGUCGCAUCGGGAGCGUAAGGAACGUAGUAAGAAAUUGAUAUCGGCAACGGAAAAACCCACGCAAGCAGAGACAGCUACCGUGCUUGUGAUAGCAGGCAACGGGACUGAGGCGAGAACUGAAAACGAGUCUAACCAAGACAGCACCGGCAACUGUGAUAAGGAGAUCAUGAGCAGCGGCCAGCGUACCAAGCCUGGGAGUGGUAACAAACCCAACAGCAACGGAAAACAGCAUCCGCCACCGUUGCGCAUCGAGGAUGUGGCAGCGUCCAGGACCAGCAAUGCAGACGAAGCUUCCAAAUGUGAUAAUGAUGUGCGCGAGCUGCAGCGAGCCUCGAAGGAAAUAAAUCGCAGCAAUCGACGCAUCAUGAAACAAACCUUCAUCUCGGACGUGCUGGAGAUACCCGAGAAGAUUGAGUUGGCCCCCAAGGCGGCCACUCGGGCAAAAGCGACAGCAAAACCACCUGGAGACAGCACCACCGAAGAUGACGAUGAGGAGGAAGAGGAUGACUGGGAGAAUAUGUUCGAUGAGAGCGGCGACUGCCUAGACCCGAAGAUUCUCCAAGAACUGAACGAUUCUGUGGGCAAAUGCAAAAUAGAGCUGCCCAAGAUGGACUACACCGUGUUUCACAUCAAACAGUCCCUGCUUAACGAAGAGGAGUUCCCUCACGUGCUGGAGGUGUCCAAUUUUCCGGUGGAAUUCAAAACGCCCGACCUGCUCAUGCUCUUCUCCCAGUACAAAGGCAGUGGCUUCGAUAUCAAAUGGGUGGAUGAUACCCACGCUUUGGCUGUGUUUAGCAGUUCCCGCAUUGCUGCUGAGGUGUUGACUAUGGGACAUCCAUUUGUGAAAUUAAAGCCGCUGGCCGAGGCGACACUCGAAUCGCGACUCAAGGCCAAGAAAGCCGGAGCCGUCUCACUGCAACCAUAUCGCCAGCGUCCGGAAACAUGCACGGCCUUGGCCCGACGUCUUGUAUCCGGCGCCUUGGGAGUAAAACUGGCUACUGCGCCUGAGGAGCGUGAAAACGAGAGGCGUGUUUUACGUGAAGCCAAAGAACGUAAACUUUUAGCUGCAAAACAGAGGGAUGAGGUCUGGGAGAGCUAAGCCAGGGUACUGUGAAGCACGGUGCAUUUUUUCUCACAUGCACAACGCAUGCCCCAAUCAGCAAUUAGAGUAACACUGCAACAAAAGCCAGCAACCAACAACACCAACCAUAACUCCCACAAAAAGUUUCUCAAUCAAAAGUUAGCAAUAUUAGAGAGUAAUAUCGACAUGCUCAGCAAUAAUGUACUUUAAAUGGUCGCUUUUUGUGCAAUUAAUGCAGAUUUUUGCUCAA